CACUCCUGGCUCCACAGUGCUGGCUGGGUCGGGUGGGAACUGGAGAGCAGUGAUUUUCCAGAUGAUACCUGUGAUUCCCCGCGCCCUCGUUUAUCGAGCAUUUGCCAAGGUCGGGUCCGGGGAUGCAGCCCGGCAGUGAUUGGCUCAGCUUCCCUUCGAGGGCGGACGAUGAGCCUGAGACUCGCCAAAGUUGUAACAGAGGAGCUCGUAGAAUAGGAGACUAGUCCUGGGGUCCUGGGAGCGCUGUAGCAUCCUGCUUAUCUAUGAAAUGCAGUUAACACAUCAGCUGGACCUAUUUCCUGAAUACAGGGUGACCCUUCUGUUAUUUAAAGAUGUAAAAAAUGCUGUGGGCUUGAGAAAAAGGGCCAUGGAAGGUGCCAUUGAUGGCUCAUUAAUAAACCCUACAGUGAUUGUUGAUCCAUUUCAGAUAAUUGUGGCCGCAAACAAAGCAGUUCACCUCUACAAACUGGGGAAGAUGGAGACAAGAACUCUAUCCACUGAAGUUAUUUUCAAUCUUUCCCCAAAUAACAAUAUUUCAGAGGCCUUGAAAAAAUUUGGUAUCUCAGCAAAUGAUACUUCAGUUUUGAUUGCUUAUAUUGAAGAGGGUGAAAAACAAAUAAAUCAAGAAUACCUAAUAUCUCAGGUAGAAGGUCAUCAGGUUCCUCUGAAAAAUCUCCCUGAAAUAACAAAUAUUACAGAAGUCAAAAAGGUAUAUAAACUAUCUAAACAAGAAGAAAGUAUUGGAACAUUAUUGGAUGGUAUAAUUUGUAGAAUGUCAACAAAAAAUGUUUUGUGAAAUGACAGAAAUAUUAAAAAAUUUUCAGCUUUUAUA